AUGAAGAACAUCAUUAAGUUGACUAUUUUUUUCUUUUUAAUUACUCCAUCUACAACAUCUGAAAACCAAGAUGAUUUAUAUCUUAAUUAUAACAAUAAUGUUAACGGAAAUAAUAUGAUGCCAAAUUUACAUGAUGAAAUUACCCCUCAACAAUCUUUUUUGAAAGAAAAAGUUUUAUUUGACAUGUUAGAUUCUCUUAUUUAUAUGGCUCCUAAAAACAAAGUUAUCAAAAGAAAUAAUAAUGAUGUUGAAACACAAUUUGAAAUUAUCAAUAAUCUUAAUAACAAAAAUGAUUUUAUCAAAAAAAAUUCUUCACCAAGUAGAUAUAUUGGUUUAGGAAAAAGAUCUUUAUCUGAAAAAAAUGAAAUAAAAAGAGAAUAUUUAACUAGAAAAUCAGCAGAUUUUGAAAAUAAAUCAUUUGCUAACAAUAAUUUUCGUUUAAUUGGAUUAGGUAAAAGAUCUUUAAAAGAUAAAUACUCAAGAAAUUUACAAAAUGAAGCAUUUCCCGAUUAUUACAAUACAAAAAGAAAUAAUAAUGUACGUUUUAUUGGACUUGGAAAAAGAUCACUAGGAAAUAUCAAAAAGAAUACUGUUAAUUUAGAAGGAGAAUUUACUGAUUUUAAUAGCAAGAAAAUAAAAAGAAGAAAUCCUUUUGUCUUUAGAAUUAUACCAUUUAUUUAUAGAAGAGAAAGUAAAAAUUAUUAUCCUAUGAUGUCAAUUGGUAAAAAAGGUUCUAACCAACACUUAGAAAUGAAAGUCUAUGAAAAUAAUGUAAGAGGAAGAAAGAAUUUCUUACAUAAUAUCAAAAAUGAUGUUUUUAUAAGUAAUAAGAACAUAGAUAAUGGAAAUAUUCUCCCAUGA